UGCGCGCAACAGCAACGCCGCUCCGCGUCCUGAUCAGGAAGUGAAUCUGAGGGAAAUAAGCGACUGUGGAGGUAGAGUGACAUAGAGGGGGAGAAGUGGGAGAGAAGCAAGCGGAGAUACAAGAGACUAACGGAGGGAGGGAUCGACCCUUGUUUCUGGACCCUGUAUUGAGCUGCUCCCCUCUUGGAGAUACUGCACCGCCAAAAAAAUGCUCAUAAAGGAAUUUCGAGUGAUUCUUCCUAUCUCUGUGGAAGAGUACCAGGUCGGCCAGCUGUACUCUGUGGCUGAGGCCAGUAAGAAUGAGACGGGUGGAGGAGAAGGAGUGGAGGUGCUCAAAAAUGAGCCCUACGAGAAAGAUGGAGAAAAGGGACAGUACACACACAAAAUCUACCAUUUGCAGAGUAAAGUGCCGUCGUUCGUCAGAAUGUUGGCUCCAUCUUCAGCUCUCAACAUCCACGAGAAAGCCUGGAACGCAUACCCAUACUGUCGCACAGUUAUCACUAACGAGUAUAUGAAAGAGAACUUCCUGAUUAAGAUUGAGACAUGGCACAAACCGGACACGGGACAUCUCGAAAAUGUUCAUGCUUUGGAUCCAGAAACCUGGAAGAAGGUGGAUGUAGUCUAUCUUGAUAUCGCUGACAGGACCCAAGUGGAGCCGAAGGACUACAAGCCAGAGGAGGAUCCUUGUAGGUACAAGUCAGUGAAGACGGGACGAGGCCCUCUAGGACCAGACUGGAAGAAGGAACUUCCUAAGAAGACAGACUGCCCUCACAUGUGUGCCUACAAACUGGUCACUGUCAAAUUCAAGUGGUGGGGCCUGCAAAACAAAGUGGAGAGCUUUAUUCAAAAGCAAGAGAAGCGUUUGUUCACUAAUUUCCACCGUCAGCUGUUUUGCUGGAUCGACAAGUGGAUCGACUUGAACAUGGAAGACAUUCGUCGCAUGGAGGAGGAGACACGCAAGGAGCUAGAUGAGAUGAGAGUGAAGGACCCAGUGAAAGGGAUGGUGGCUCUUGAGGACUGAGGUUGUGUCGGACCGUGAAUGCUGCUGCUCAUCAGACCGGACUACCCAGACACCAGCGGAUUCACUUCCUCUUAAUAUUCCAACUGCCACAACACCUGACCGGCCGGUCCAACCCCCCCCCCCNCACACACACACACACACACUCCCCUCCCGCUGUACAAUCUGGUUUUCAGGGACCUGGACCCAGUGAACUCCCAGUUUUCAGAUGAUCUCCUCCAACCCAUCCCACCUCCCUUGAGUCCUUUCCACCUCUUUUUAGUUUUUCCAUCCAGUGUCCCCAUCUUAUUUCCUGCUGAGGCCUCCAGUAGCGACACUAUAGAUCCUACUGUCACUAAACUGUUCUAAGCUACAGAGGAAAUAGUGUCAUUUAUCUCUGCAAUUUAGGAUUUGUUUCUACUUUAAAUAUCCCAAUGGUGUAUAUGUACAGUAUGCCGUAUAUAGGGGAGUUGAAUAAUUGUAUUGAAAUAUAUAUAAAUAUAAAUAUAUGAACAGGGUUUUUAAAAGGAUUUGUCUGUAAGUUUGUCUGAGGAUGUUUAGUUUUUCCAGACCAAGCUGUGCUCAUUGUUGAGUUCUGAUCCUGUGAUUUUCUUUCUUUAUUGGAUGGGGGAGGCGUUUUCAUAACACCUCCAUCUCCACAUUUGUGUCAUGCAGUGUUUCCUUUUGUUGUCCAAAUCAAUUUGCAAAGUCCACCAACUGCAGCUGCAAAGCUGGGAUUGUGCCGAGAGUGUUAUGUAGUCUCUGCUAUACUCCUGACCUAAUAUCUCCUGUAAUAUGUUGAGGCAUUCGUUGGCUUUUCUGCUGGUUUGUGGGUUUGUUGUUGUGUAGCGUUGUAUGGUCAUCAAGGUUUUCCUGCCAUGUUUUUUAAUUUUUUUUAUCUCAUUAGGUUAUUCCUAGCUCUUUAGUUUCAUCAGGCUGUGCAAACAGAAAAUGCAGUAAUUCUCGCAUGCAGUAAUGCAUGCACACACACACGCACACACACACACACACACACACACACACACACACACACACACACACACACACACACACAGUAUACAGGGAUAGGAGUAAAAUGUUUUACUCUGCAAAGUAAAUUAGAUUUCCAAACCUUGUAGUUUCUAAACUCGAUAUCAUGGCUGUGUUUUUAACAUUAUGAAAAACAGCUCCUCCUGCUUGCUGUAGAUAGAUAAAUUGUUUUCUGAAAGUUAAACUUGAUGUGAUCCGCCUCAGUUCAUGCCCUGUCAUCCAUUCUGUCACCUCCAGUGGAUAAAUGGUCUUAUCCAGCGAUAGCAAUAACUACCAUGAAACGUUGGUCUCUCCUUUUAUCACCGCAAAUAUAUCUUACUGGUUUUUCCCAUCUUGAGAACAGUUUUAGUAAACUGAGCCGAUGCUGAAAGUCAAGGAUGGUUAAGUGAUUGGUGAAUAAUUAAAUAAAUGCUGGAUUUAUUGUUUCUCUUUGGAUGAGGCAGAUUUUUUUUUUUUUCUCCUGCUGGAAUCUGAAGCCUGUUAAAUGUGAUAGUGUGGUGUUUCAGUUUAUGCAUGAGUGAUGUACAGUAGUCUUUAUGAGAUCUGAUGCUGGCUGGGUGAAGAAGGGAGGAUGUAACGGAGCUAGAGGAGUGAUAACAGCAGGCCCUAACCUUCUUCCUGUUGACGUCUGUUUCUUUUGUUUUCAUCUUUUACCAAUUGAUCUUAUAACAGUGUGGGCACUUUAAAGAGAAAGCAACAGAUUAUGUAACAUCCAUAAUACUGAAUUAUUGCAAUCAAUACAUUUAGAUCUUUAAAGAGUAGAUAUUUUUGCUUUUAUAAUUUUAAUAUCAACCGUUUUUUACAUUUAGUUCUUGUUAAAUUGUAUUAUAACAUAUUCAUAUACAUUAAAAAGUAUUUUCUUUCCUGAUUAAAUGCAUACCAAUAUGAGUAUUUUAUUUGAAGAGCUUCUUGUUGGCAAUUAUUCAAAGUCACUUCCCCCGCAAGGCAAUUUAGUGAUUUUUGACAUUGGGCUCUAAUUAUCAAAACAUUUGACAUUAUUUGACAAUUAUCAAAACAAAACUUUCCCAAAAAUGUCUUUAUUAGGCAAAUCAUUUGUUAUUUUAUCACUGUAUUACUGGGCCGUUUCUCACUAUUUCGAUGACGUAGUAUACUUGAAAUAGUGGCUCUGCAGCAGGUAUACUCGACAUUGAGAAACUGCCCUGGUCUGUACCAACUCUACAGUCGUUCACAUUCUCUACAGUUCAGAAUGGGAAAAAUCAAGAAUAAUAAUUAAUAAUCAGCCUGAUUUUUGUAUCUGUAUUAAGUUUAUAAACCUGUCAAUCCUUAAUAUUGUCUGUUGCCUCCUCUUGAAAGAAAACACUGCUCCUCGUUGUCCUCCCCUUCCACCUCUCUGUGUCCAUCGAGCAUGUCACUCACUGUCUGUGAUGGGGCUACCAACUGAACCAUGGAGAUUUGUGGAUGUACUGUAUGUAUUGAAUUUGUAAAUAGUAAAUAAAGUAAUGUAGAUGAACACAUAUAUAUAUAUAUAUAGAUCAGACUGUCCUGCCAGACCUACAGCACACCCUCUCGACACUUGAUCCUCUAAAUACAUCCAGUGUAUCUCUCUCAGAGAUAUUUUUGUGAUGAAAUGUAGAGAUAUCGUUUCUAAACUUUAGUGCUGAUAAGAAAUUGUGGAAUACUGUCAGCUGUAGACAUAAAGAUUGAGAUGAUUUUACGGCAGAUUUGAGGACGCUCCAGCAAAGCAGAGACAGUGAAAAGCCUCUGUUUCUAAUUGGAGAAAAAGAAGUUUAAAAACCCUCACUAUCCCCUCUCCUUCUCACGUUGUUCUUUCCUCACAGAGCGCACAUCUCAUUGGCAGGACAGUGUAUAGAUAUAUAUUUUUGUUCUGGGUGUUGUUGUACCUCUGUUGUCAGUCUCUGAACUGCUUCUCUCACUGAAAAGGAACAUAUAACGGCAGCUUGGGUCAGUUCAUUGAUCCACAAAAUCAGCUGAUGGUGUCAGAGCUUGUGCAAUUUAGAUGUUUCCCUCCUGCGGUGUGUGAUGGAGAUGGAGGGAAAGUCAUUCUGCAUUUUAAGAUCACCGGAUGCUUGAGGGUUGGAGUUAUAGCUCAAAAGAGAACAAGACACUUAGUUGUGGUUGUUUGAAAACUGAUAGUGACAUAAGGUCAAUUUUUAAGAGCCUACGAGACAUCAUAUAAGCUUGUGAGAGAAUAUGGUUUACCAGAGACAAUCUCAGAUAUCUGUCGUUAGAUUCCUGGAUUUAUAAUCAGAAUAUGAAACCAAAUGAUUCCACAAUCCUGAACUGUUUUUAAAUCUCUCUCUCUCUCUUCUCUCUCUCUUCACUUCUGUUAACUUGUCUCCUGUUUUUCUUUAUUUUAUUGUGAAUUUGUGCCUUUUUGUCAUCUUAUCUUCCAAUAACACUACUGUACAUUGGAGACGUAAAGAAAUUAAUAAAAAGAAGCAAAACAAC